CGGUGUCCGACUGAAGCAUCGCACUGUACACCGUCUUCUCUGUUUAUAUCGUAUAACUGUUUACAAAACAUUGCGGGAAACAACAGGGGUUUCGCUUUAGGUUUAAAUGUGAACUCAGUUAACCCGGGACGAAGUUUUUGGCUAUAUUUCCUUGGAUCACAAGCGCCUUUUCUUCUAUCCGGAUGAAAGGAUCCCUACCGCAUUUUUGUUUCUGCAACGUGGACUGUAAGCUCUACACGGGAGACGGGAGAGCCGUACUAUCGGAAUAAAACUACUGUUGUAAACCAAGAAAACACGAAGAACACAAACGUCGUAGGCCUGUGGUGGAUAUCCUCAAAGGAAUGUUGCUGUCCAAGCUCAAUUCUCUGGCCCACAUCUCCACUGUUGACAUGCCGGCGAAAAUCCAGCUCCAAGUUCAUCAAGUGAAGGAGAAGGAGCCUUUCGAGAAGCUGUAUCAGGUCGGCGCGGUGCUGGGCAGCGGCGGCUUCGGCACUGUCUACUCCGGUACAAGGAUAACCGACGGAGCUCCGGUCGCUGUCAAACAUGUGGCCAAGGACAGAAUCUCCGACUGGGGAGAGCUGCCUAAUGGCUCCCGGGUCCCUUUGGAGAUUGUGCUGUUGAAGAAAGUAGGGACGGGCUUCCGUGGCGUUAUCAAAAUGCUAGACUGGUUCGAGCGACCGGACAGCUUCAUCAUCGUGAUGGAGAGGCCCGAAAACGUCAAGGACCUGUUCGACUUCAUCACGGAGAAAGGUGCCUUACCGGAGGAGCUCGCGCGGAGCUUUUUCCGCCAGGUGCUGGAGGCUGUGCGGCACUGCCAUAACUGCGGCGUGGUGCACCGGGAUAUCAAAGACGAGAACAUUCUCAUCGACCUCCGCACCGGAGAGAUGAAGCUUAUUGACUUCGGAUCUGGAGCCCUGCUCAAAGACACCAUAUACACAGACUUUGAUGGCACAAGAGUGUACAGCCCACCGGAGUGGAUCAAAUAUCAUCGCUAUCAUGGACGCUCUGCCACAGUUUGGUCCCUGGGGGUCUUGCUGUAUGACAUGGUGUGUGGGGACAUUCCAUUUGAACACGACGAGGAGAUCACAAGAGGACAGGUCCUUUUCCGGAGGAGGAUCUCCACAGAAUGCCAGCAGCUGAUCAAGUGGUGUCUGUCUCUGCGGCCAGCUGACCGUCCAUCCUUCGAGGACAUCGUCAAUCACCCGUGGCUGCAGAGCACGUCCUCCUCUGUAGUCCCGUCCACGGUGCAGACAGAGAAGACGAACACGGAGAUCAGGCUGCACAGCAUCAGCCACGAGCCCGCAGCCUUCACGCCCACCCCUGUGGCUGUGGCUCGGUGAUGGAGGCAAACAGGGCUGCUCAGGUCUGAACUGGACCGCACUGAUCCAAGAGGCUAUUACAAAAGACUUAUGUAACCGACUUGAAGCAGAGAGGAGGGGAGCGGUCCUGACACUGGUGAGAGCAAUGUGUAAAGGACUACCCACAGAGAAAAAACCCAGGUCAUGACAAAACCAUCAUGUCUUUUUUCAACCUGGCAGGACAGACCCUCUCCACCCCAAUUACAUGACUUUCCCAGCCGUUGACUGGCGUCGGUAGGAGGGCAUGCUCUGUAUGCACAGACACCUGCGUUGAGCAAAUCCAGUACACGCACUCGCUGUUUCUGCUGAAUGAACAGUCUGCGCUGUACUCUGCUCUCUCUCUCCCUCUGUUCUCUCUGUCGCAGCAGGAUGGGAAGAGCAGAGGCGUUGGCAAAGAGGAGCGUUGAUUCUCAACAACAACAAGAAAAAGUGCCUUCUGUGAGAUUGUUGGAGGACCCUGAAAAUACUUGAAUUCGUGAAAGCAAAUAAGGCUCUUCUUCUCAGAGACAUUUUUGCUCCUUACUCCGUACAAAGGCUUUAUAUUGUUCAUUGCUGUUUUUUCCUCUCAUGGGCCUAGAUCAGUAAAGCCUAUGUCAUUUUACAACCACUGCUAUCACUACGUCUAGUACUCCAAUGUCAUUAGCAACCAGACAACCUCAUAGCUCCGGCUGCAGCAAACCUGUGCAAACGAAUCAUAAAAAAGAAACACUGGACUUACCUCACUCUAUUUACUACAGCAUCCACCUCUACUCUACAACCUCCACUUCCUCUUCUUCUCUUGUUGUACUGUAUACAACACAAGGUUCACAUCCACCGGAAUGCACACCACAAUGCAAACGUAACCAUACCGAAAUACAACAUCCUCUGCUCUUCACUUUUCAAUUUUUUUUAUUUUAUUUUAUUUUUAUGUUUAAACAGUGCCUCACACAGGUCUUACAAUUCGGUGGGUCAAGAAUUGUAAAUAAUAAUGAUAUUUAUUAUUGCUGUGACUUCUUUCUCACACUCAAUGAGCGCAGAAUUUAUUUAUUUAUUUAUGAGAGAAUUUCGGCUGUCUGUAUUGUAUUUCAUUCCACAGUCACAUAAGGGCCCACAGAUUAUUUAAAAGAAACAAAGACGAGAUGAAUUUUUUUUUUUUUGUAAACCAUAUUUAUGGCUUGGAAUUUGAAAAGAGCAGAUGUGUUUGUGGGUAUGUUUGUGUAUGUAAUAUACAUAACGUGUAAAUAGUCCCAAAAGCACUUCCAUCUUAAUGUAUCUAAACAUUGAACGUCUACUGAUGGUAACUGGUUUUGUCACGCUGUUGUCUGCUGUGUGAGCAAAUGAAUUUCGAAUGUUGGGUGUGUGUGUGUGUGUGUGUGUGUGCGCGUGCAAAUGUCAUGUUUGUGUGUGAGAUGUGAAAAUGAGAAAACUUCUAGUUUGAAUGCAGCUUGGAUUGUUGUUUUUUCAUCCAUUCAAAUUAGAAUUGUAAAUUAUGUUAGAAACUAUUUUUAUACGAUUUCAAUAAAUAUUUUUUUAACAA